AUGGCUGCCUCAGAUUUGCCGCAAUUGCCUGCUGCCCAUUUGGGUCUGGCAAGUUACAUUGCCGAGAACCCCGGCAAGCCCAAACCUUAUCGCAAGUUUGAAGCUCGUUUGCGGGAGAUUUACGCCCAAGAUCGCCAGAAUCCAAUUCUGAACGAUCCAUACCUCAACCUUGUUCCCCUCUUUACUGAAGACACGGCCAAGAUCACGACUCGAGCAAGAGACUUGUCUGCCGAGUCUGAAGAUGAAAAGUCCAGAUAUAUCAUGCCGCUGCCUGCCGACAAGCGAAGGCCUCAUGGCUCAGCUGCCACCGUGGCCGACAUCACGGAAUUCCAGCACAACUUCAACAUCUUUUCGGAGUCUUCGCUGGUUGGGGUCGAUUGGAAUAAUGUGGUCGCCGCUGGUUCUUCUGUCGUUAACUGUUUACUGCCGGUGCCCAAAGAGUUCAAAGUUUCAAAGCGCAAGCUGCGCGAGUACUAUCACGAAAAGUUCUGUCCAGCAUCUGAUGUCGAUCUGUUUCUUUAUGGACUGACCCAUGACCAAGCCAUUGAAAAAAUAAAACAGAUUGAGCGUGCCGUCAAGGACGCUCUUUUGAAUGAAGUCACGGUUGUACGCACCAAGUAUGCCAUCACGAUAGCAAGCCAAUAUCCCGUCCGUCAUAUUCAGUCUGUCAGUGAGAUUCUAACCGGCUUUGACAUCGACGCUGCCGGCGGUGCCUACGACGGCAAACAGGUUUAUGUUACUCCCAGAGCAUUGGGAAGUUUCAUUGCUCAGAUCAAUCACGUGGAUCUAUCUCGCCGCAGCCCUUCUUACGAGAAUCGUCUGUCCAAGAACUCGCACCGGAAUUUCGAGGUUUACUGGUCAGACCUUGACCGAACCAGAGUUGACCCUACCAUUUUUGAGCGAAGCUUCCAGCGCACACUCGGUCUAGCCCGACUUCUGGUUCUUGAGAGGUUACCCACCAACCAUGCUCGUGAAACCUAUCUUAAUAAGCGACGAGCUGAGCGUGGCAGACCUGCGCGAUACCGAACCUUCAUGCCUAUGCGAGGCAAUAUCAAGGAUUCCCAUGAGGAUGAGGUAGCCGACGGCUUUCAGAGGUGGAUUUGCUGUCCAAAAGCAAUCACACCCGAGGAAAUCGAGAUUUCAAAGAGGGAGGCAGAAAUCUAUAUUUCGGGAAAAGUUUCAUUCCUUAUUGACGAUCCAGGUCGUCAGCAAAUUGGGUCUUUCAAUCCGCUUACAGAACAAGAUUGGACGGACAUGGCAUAUGUCGGAAAUACUGCUCGACUUUGUCAGUCAAUCGUUGACGGCGACAUCGACGACGUGCUCAACUGGCUUUCCCAGGAAGAGGCCGACCCUAACAAGCGUGACUACACUGGGCGAACGCCAUUGCAUCUUGCUGUGAUGACUUCGACCCCCGAUAUUGUGAAGUGUCUAGUUGAUCAUGGGGCACGCCUCACGGGAGUCACGGCUCGUCUAGCCGAUGAAAUGAUAAAGAUUAUCAUGGAAAAAAGCAUUGAAAACGAGGAAGCUGAAGAAGAGAGGCAAGCUAGGCGCCGUAAGACUGUUCAUGGAGAUAAGGUUGAUGGCGCCAGGAUAUUGCAAGACACAGAAAGCAAAGAAUCAGACGGAGAAGAAGAGGCAGAAAAGGAUGAGGAAGAAGGCGAGGAGAAGUCAGAUGAAGAAUCAGACGGUGAACUCGUUGAUGACGAAAAGACUGAUCUUGAUGUGCAGUCCCUCGCCACCGGCUCCUUCAUUAAUGUUUCGAAAAAGAAAGAUGGUGAAAGCACAGAUGAUCUAGUUCCAGCACAGUCUGAAGACGAACCAGAAUAUUACCAGAUUGAUGUGCUUGCUUGGGAUACGCCUUGCUCACCACUACAUGUCGCUAUUGUCGAGGGCCACGAGGAGACUGUCAAGCUAUUGUGUGAUUAUGGCGCCGACUCGAUUUUGCUAGUGAAGUUUCUCAACAAUAAUAACGAGGCAGACACGACGGCCCUUUUGACGCUUACCCUGGCUCUUGGUCUCCGGAAAGACAAAGCUAUUUUCAUGGCUCGGCUGCUACUGAAGCUUGGUGCAACGUCUUCCCAGGCAGAUGCCCAAGGAUGCACGGCUUUCUACCUUAACACUCUGCUGGAGAACGAUAAGAUGGGUGUGAAAACGGCAAUCAAUCACAUUGUAUUUGGUGGCUACAGCUGGAAUCCAGAAACCACCUCGCCAAUUCACGGUGCUGUUCAGCACGGUGACCCCAUGCUGAUCCUCAAACUCCUCGACGCGGGAGCUGUUCCUGAAGCUGAUUUUGAUACUUGGCUGAAAGCUGCCAAGAUUGCGCCGCAUCUUUCCGGAAAUAUCGGCGACCUUGACCGCUCCAAGAAGACUUACAAGCGGUCUUACGAAUCUCCAUUGUGCACUGCUAUUCGGUAUGGGAAUAUCGACGGCGCAAUGAGGCUAUUUGAAAACGGAGCCAACAUCAAUGCAAUGACACACGACACAAAUGAUGCCUUCGACAAUGAUUGGCGCUGGAGAUACACAAAGGGAACAUCGGUCUUAGAUCUCGUACGCGACAUGAUUGAAAUACUAUCCGAAUAUGAUGGGGAAAAGUCAACUAUCACUAAGCCAGAGAUACAGUCCGGCUUAGACGCCUAUCUUGAAAAGCUUAAGCCCGGCACACACAAGCAUUGGCUAGUCUCUCUAGAUGUGCAAAUCAAGAAAAAAGACUUUAGAACCAGUGUGCAGUCUUACGAAAAGCACACCGAAGCAGUAGAUAAUAUUAAGGGUGCUCCGGAGAAGUUAGAGGCUGUAACGGAAGCCUUAGCUGCGUUCAAGUCUCUUGAAAAGUUCAUGGUUUCCAAGGGAGCCAAGGCAUUUGCCGAGCUGUAUCCAAAUAUUGAAUGCGAGAAGCGUAAGAAGACUUCCAGGGAUGAUGGAGAAAAGGACAGGGAGAAGGACUACGAGUACGAAUUUAUUUUCAGGACUGACAAGGACAUGACUGAGGCGAGACGCGAUGGAUAUAUUGAACUCAUGGAGGCUGCCUGGAGUGGCAAUCUAGAACGCAUCAAGGAACUGACGCUCCAAGCUUGGGGCACGCGGAGAGAUCAACCUCCGCUCAAGAUCGUCAUUAGUGACAAUGAUAACAACUCUCCAUUCUCCAUCGCUUUCCUGCAUGGCCGUUUUGAUGUUGCAAAGGCAAUUCUGGAGAUUGUCAAAGCUCAAUGGUCCCCUGCAGACAAAGAUGAGGUUCGCUAUAGGACGAAACAAGAUCCGCCAGACGACCAGGAUGAUUAUUACAGUGACGAGGACGCGUCUGAAGAAUCAAAUAGCGAGCCACAGCUUGAAUCUCGGGUUGUUGACAAGAACUUCACCAUAGAGGAUAUCGGCCAGGUUUCUAUGCAGGUCAAGUCCUCUAUUACUCCAUUGCAGCAUCUUUGCGAUAGUGUGUCAACGUUCAAUGUCAGGGACGGCGAAGCUUCCAAAGCUAAACGGAAUCGUCGUACACUCUUCCAGCAUGUUAUGGAAAAUGACAAUGUCUCAGGAUUGAAAGUACUCUUGGAUAUGGCUCAGCAUUUCAGCGAAGAAAAAACAUCAAGCAAUCAUGCUGACGAAGCGAGUUCCAAAUUUACAUUCUCUGAACGAGACUUCCGCUGGGCCGUGGAGCACGGAAAGACACAAAUGCUAUCUCUCAUUAUCAAGCGAACCGGCGCAGGAGUCCCUCUAGAUCAUCUUGUGAAGAAGAGUGGUGUUGAAGUAAGGGAAAAGCCACGGUAUUACCAGGGGCUUACCGUUCAUGGGGAAAAAAGAAAGGAUUGGGCAAAUGCCGGCCGAAAUGUGGUGAGCAGAACCAGUGGCAUGAAGACUCCGCCGCUGCUGCAUGCUGCACUGGAAGGAUCAGUCGAUGGUGUCGAGUUCUUGUUGGGCGAUAAGCCACACAGGCUCUAUACUGAGUUCGGCAAAUCCAGGGCUGCUCACGAGGACUCGAGAUUCAAACAUUUGAAAGAGAGCCCUGGAGGCUUUAACCGCGCCAUUUCAACGUGGCUUGGUGCUGAUAAUGACUUGGUCAUUCAUUGUGCAGUUUUGGGCAAAUCCAAGGAGUCAGCGGAAUUGGUGGAGUACCUAGUAACAAACUGUCCCGAGUACCUUGAAAAGAAAACAUCUGAAGGAGAAACUCCCCUGAUGAUUGCAUGCAGGCUUGGUCGAACAGACUUUGCCAAGAUUCUCAUUGACGGCGGAGCCGAUCAGUCAACUCGAAAUUUAAAGGGCGAGAACAUUCUUCAUGCGUGUCUUUCCAGGCUUCCCAAGGCUGCUCAACUCAAGCCCAUGUUGGACCUCUUUGACGCCGAGCUCAGAAGCCAUCUUUUCCUGCAGCGUAAGAACAUUACAGAAAACGGCACCACGCCUCUACACACUUGGAUCUGCCAAACUUCUGGACUUGGACCCGCCGGUGAAAUCGAACAAUACUAUAGCAACUAUUACAAUCGCCGUGGAAGAUAUAUCUCAAACGAAACCUACUCUGACGGAAAAGAUGUUGUCGACAUGCUCAAAUUGCUCCUCCAGUACUCCAAGGGCGAGGAACUAGACAUACUCAACGGAGCCGGCGAAACUUGUCUGCACACAGCCACCAAGCAGGACAUGCUAUCUCUAGUCAAAGUUCUCCUAGAAUUUAAUCCGCAGCAGCUCUAUCGCGAAGAUGCCUUCGGCCGAACCCCCGCAGAACUCGCUCAUGAUGGCCUCAUUAACCACGUCUUCUCGCGGCCGUACCGCCCCGAAAUCAACCGCAACGAACGAAUCUCCGACAUCGUCAACAAGCCUACCGAAGCUUACCGCGAUGAAGCUAUCUUCAAAGACAAAGUCGCCGACCAACUCAAGACCAACAUUGCGGAGUUCGGUUUAAGCGGCGACUAUUACGCCAAGGACCUCGCGCUAAUCCUACCAGCCAUGGGCAUAGGUGAAGGCAAACUGCAGAGGAACUUGUCCACGGGCAAGCUCAAACAAGUAGAAUGGGAUUUGAUGGCUAGUACAAUGGAGAAACACGCUGGUAAGAGACGACUUGUGAGUCUCAAUGAGGCGGAUGAUGUCGCUAGACGGCUGGGAGAGAAGCACACUGGCUCGCGGUACUUUAGUGUCGAGUCCCGAAGAGAUGAGGACGACGAGGUGGCAUCAGACGAUGGAAAGGGAGAUGAGAAGAACGAUUUUGCCACGAGAGAGUUGGCAGAUAGGUUGGCUAGUGCAUGGCCGGAGGAGUAA